AUGGCUAUGGAGAGUAUGGAGCAUACUGGAGGUUCAAGAUGGCUGCAGGAUUUGGCGCGGGGUUGGCGUAGGCACCGGCCAGGCGACUCGGCGAAUGCAGCACAGCACGUCGAGCGCGAGCGGCAAAGAGACAUCCUCAAAGAAGUAACGCUGGAACCAGAUGAGAUAAUGGUGAGUUUUGAUGUGGAGUCACUUUUCACCAAUGUUCCCGUUAAAGAAUGUCUAGAAGUUGUCAGAAGGAAACUGAGCGAUAGUGGCAUGUCGGAGACAAUAAUGGUGCUGCUGAGGAACUGCUUGGAAGGGAGCUACUUUUUGUAUCGCGGAAAACAUUACCUCCAGAUUGAUGGGGUUGCCAUGGGUAGUCCUGUGGCACCGGUUCUGGCAAACAUCUGGAUGGAGCAUAUCGAGGCCAGUGUAGAUCUGCAGCCUUGGGCAGUGAAGUUGUGGAAGCGAUAUGUGGAUGAUGUUUUCUGUAUUAUGAAGGGUGGUAAGCAGGAGGUGGAGCAACUUCUCCAAUAUCUUAAUUCUAUUCAUCCAAGGACUAAGUUUACGUACGAAUUAGAAUCACAGCGCAGUUUGCCAUUCUUAGACGUGAAAGUGAUUGGUCGAAUGGACGGAACCCUAACUCACACUGUUUACAGAAAGCCUACGCACACUGACAGGUAUUUGAAUGCCCUUUCUCACCACCACCCGCGCCACCUGCAGUCAGUUGUCUCAUCGCUGGUGAAUAGAGCGUAUGAUCUGUGUGACCCUGAAUAUUUGAAGGAUGAGUUGUCACAUAUUCAGGAGGUGCUUAGAAGGAACGGCACGACUAAUUUGUACGAAGUUGAUGUUGUCCGCUUUACUCUAAACGCUCCGUGA